AAGCUCACACAGAGCCGCUGAGCUCUGCAGUUUCACUCUGCAACCACACAAAAGCACCUCUGAAUUGUCCUCACGAGCAGCCAAUGAGCUCAAAGCAGCGGCAGCGGCAGCGGCUCGGCGUUCCACCGGCGGCCGGCUGCUGCCAGUUUCCAGCCGGACUCCCGCGGGUGUCGAGGGGGGCAGAAAGAAUCUUCUAAUCCGUCACCAUUGUACCAAUUGUCUAUAAAGAUUGAUGUGCGCGUGAAGCUCUGCCUUCACAGGAGGGCUAUCAAAUUCUAAAUCACACUUCAUGAAAGAGUCCAAACAAAGAAAUGAAUGAUUCGGAAGAUUUCAAGACUCGUGACCGACUGUGUGUUUUCCAGGAGAGUCGAAGCAAAGACCAGAUCGACGGCACCCGGAUGAGCCUGGGCCACAGGAAGGGAGUGAGGGUGAGUGGGAAACACGCUCCUCCGGUGGACUGGGGCAGCAGGAGAGGAGGUCCGUCCAUCGUCCACCCUCCCACCAGCAUCGCUUUACCUCCAGACACCCCCACGGUGAUCUCCAUCGGCCCGCUGCCUCACAGGCCCCCCGAGCGCGUUGACGAUCCCAGGAUGGACCGAGCUGCCGCCGGGGACGACUGGACCACAGAGGAGUCCUCUCAAACCAGAGCGCCCUACGGUGACGGGGGCGUCCCCCGGCAGACCAUGGAGGAGCUGAAGACCAUCCUGAGGGACAGUCCUCUGCUCAGCAUCCGGGGGAGAGAUGAUGGGAAGCCAGGGAGUCCUUACACGUACCUGCAUGGAAGCAGCAGCAGCAGCGGCGGUGGCGGCAGUGGAAGGCCCGACGGACGGCAGGACGAUGGAAACCCCAACAGGACGUUCAGCACCUUCAAACCCCAGUGUGACGCUUCCAGAAGGGGGCCCAGGUCCACAGAUAGCACAUCUAUUCAGCAGCCUUCCGGCGUGGAUCCAUCCAGCUCUCUCAGGUCUGAUGCCAACACAAAUAGGCAGCCUGGAGUUGGAGCUCACACAUACGCCAGCGGAGGCUCCUGGGGAGAGACUGGAGCUACUCACACAGAUAACGGAAAGGAGACGGUCGAGGUCUUUGGGAAUCAGCGGUUCAUUGCAGCCAUGGAGCAGAUCAAGCAGCAGAUCGCCAGAGAAAACAUCAACUUCGUCCGCUUUGAGGCCACCGACCUCCACGGGGUGUCCAGGUCCAAGACAGUGCCUGUCCGCUUCUUCCACGAGAAAGCAGUGUACGGGGUACCGAUGCCGAGAAGCUACUUGGAGCUGACCCUGAGCCCUAAGAGCAACGAAGUGGACAACGCCAGCGCCGCCAACUUCAGCAGUGAUGUCCUCCUGAUCCCUGACCUUUCGACCUUCAGGGUCUUACCCUGGGCCGAGCAGACGGCCCGGGUCAUCUGCGACCCCUGCACGGUGACAGGAAGCCCCCUCCGCACUUCACCUCGCCUCAUCGCCAAGCAGCUCCUCGGCCAGCUCCAAAGCCUGGGAUUCUCCCUGCACUCGUCCUUCACUUACGAAUGCUGCGUCCUCGGAGCGCCGGACCGCAUCGGACCAAAGACGCUCCUGUUCCCGGCCACCACGCUGCUCGGCAACCACGACCUGCCUUUCUUCCAGCAGCUGGUGGACAGCAUGUACUGCAUGGGCGCAGACAUAGACAGCAUUGCGUCCGCGAUCGGCCCCGGCCAGAUGGAGAUCAACCUGAGGCCAGAGUUUGGGAUCGCGGCCGCAGAUACCGCCUUCACCUUCCGCACUGGCAUCAAAGAGAUGGCUCGUAAACACAGCUACAUCGCCAGCUUCUUCACCGACGACGGCCUGUACAACGCCGGGGUGCUCUCUCACAGCUUGUGGGAUGCUAACGGGCGUCGUAGCCUCUUCCUUAGCGGGGAGAAGACGGGCGAGCUGUCUGAGAUCGGCAGGAAAUGGCUGGCCGGGCUCCUCGCCCACUCCGCCGCCCUGAGCUGCCUGAUGUCGCCCGGCCUGAGCUGCCGAAGCCACAUCGCCAAGACCAUCAAAGACCCCAAACGGAUGCUCUACGCCACCUGCGGCUGCAACGAUAACAGCAGCUCCUUUAACAUCAAGUGUCACGGCGGGAGGGAGACGCACAUCGACAACAAGCUGGGCUCAGCCAUGGCCAACCCUUACAUCGUGCUGGCCGCUACUGUGGCCGCGGGACUGGACGGCAUCAGGAGAAACCUGAACAUCGACGCCGGUCUGAACAAAGCGCCCUGCCAGCAGAAGGACUUUGCCGUUCCCGUGAAGAUGGACGACGCUCUGGAGGCGUUGGGGGAGGACCACGUCAUCCGCAGCACCCUCGGAGAGCCGUUUAUUCAGUAUUUCAUCGCCAUGAAAAAGUUUGAGAUUGAGACCCAAGAACUGGAUGAUGAGAGGAACAAGUGCCUCGAGUAUUUCAUCUAGAAACACACUAAUAAAAGCAUGAAAACAG